AUGCCCAGCUGUGUCCAGGUACACCAGAUCCGGGGGAAGUGGUACAUCAAGGCACUCGUGGGCACUGGGUUCCAGCUCCCGAAGGUGGUCCCCGUCGUCUUCCGGCCCCUGGGGAGCGGCACCCUGCAGGCCUCCCUCACAUACAGGGCCCACGGCCAGUGCCGGCAGCUGAACAUCACCUUCGAGAAAGCAGCCGAGCCUGGCAGAUACAGCUACCUCGGGGGUCUGAGUACCCUGCAGGUGGAGGGGACGCCGGCGGGGGACCACGUGGUGUUUUACAGCGAGAGUCUCAUCCACGGCAAACGCCACAGAUUAGCCAAGCUCAUGGGUCGGACCCUGGCGGAAAGCCCCAUCGCCCUGGAGGCCUUUAAGGAAUUCGUGCGGCGCAAAGGCUUCCGGGAGGAGCAGAUCUACUGGCCGGCCCAGGAGGGGAGCUGCAGCCCCGAGAGGUCCCUCAGGGCUGAAGCCACCAGGGGCCUGGCCAGGGACAGCACGUGCAAGUGCCCCAGGAGGCACACCGGGGCCCACCCGACGCCCACGCCGGCCGACCUUCCGACUGUGCCCAUGUCCAGCCCCCAGGCCCCUCGGGACUAG